AUGGGCAAUCUUCUGUGCAAGGAGAACGAGCUGGAUGAAUCAGUGUUGAAGCCACAAGGGCUGUACAACAAUCCCUACAUCGACCAUCGCAGGCUGAGGAAGCUUAUCUUGCGACGCAGACUGGCGCCAUGCUUUUCCGGCCGCGACGAGGACGCUGCGGCUGGUGCAGCCUCUGGGGACGACGGCAAGCGGGCGACUCUUGACGAGUGCCCCAUCUGCAUGCUGUACUACCCCUCGCUCAACCGUACUCGGUGCUGCCAGAAAGAGAUGUGCACCGAAUGCUUCCUUCAGCUCAAGAUUCCAGCCCCCGAUUCUACAUAUGCCUGCCCUUUCUGCAAGAAGGAAUGCUUUUACGUCACUUAUCGGCCCAAGACUACGGAAGAACGCGAGGCGGAACUGCGCACAGAGCGGGCGGUCGAGGAGGCAAAGGUCAAGGCGCAGGCUGCAGAGGCCGCGCGCAACGAAGCACGCUAUCGGCGACGACGCGAGCGCGAGCAGCAUCGCCGCGCCGAGCAACAGCAGCAGGCUGCCAUAGCCUCGCCCCCCGUUGGCGCAGCCCAGGACGGCCAGGAGGCUCCCGAUCUCAACACGACAUCCUUCCCCGGAGCACCUGCCGAAUCAGCGCCGCCCUCGGGACAGUCCAGGCCAUCGCCGGAAGCCGGGCCGCGCAACUUUGCGCGCGAGUUCGCCGAGGCGCACGGGAUCCACCUCCCGCCCCCUCAGCGGCCCUCGGCGGACGACGAUGACUCAGUGGACAGCGACCCGUUCCAGGGCUACCGGCACGAGGCCGACGAGCGCAUCGCGACCCGCAUGCGCGAGCGCGAGAGCCAGCGCCGCCGGGCGCAUGAGAUGCGCUACCUGACGUGGUUCGACCAGGUCGCUUCCCAGCUGCGCGACUUCGUGCCACCGGAGUUGCUGCAGAGCCUGCGCUCAUCGCGUCACAUGUCCGCCGACCUGGAGGAGCUCAUGAUGACACAGGCCAUACUCAUGUCCCUACACGACACGGGGGACCUCCCGGCCGCGUCCGGAUCUUCUGGGGCUGCUGGGUCGGAGCUAGGUGAAAAUGAGCACCCUGCAGCGCGCGAUGACGAGACUCGGACACCACCCGCGGUCAGCGACGAGCGUGCCGUUCGUGCAGCCUCGCAGCCUGCCGGCGAGGGGGCGCAUGCCGGGCUGGAGGUGGCCAGAUUGGACGGCGGACGAGGCACACGCAGCCCCCAACAGGAGCAGUACGCUUCCGCGGCGUACGCUGCGGACUUGGACGCAGUUGCGCGCAUUCGCGACGCGGACAGCAUUAUGCAGGACGUUUUUGCGCGGAUGACUGUCAGCAUGGCGCAGCAUGCGGGGCCAGACGGCCGCGAGGACGACCUUCCCGUGCAGGACCGCAGUGAGGUGGCCGCAAGUGAGGGCUCCCACGAUCCGGGGGAGUCGCCAGCUGCGCCGUUGACCGCCUGGGGCGCGGCUGGGGCAGAGCCGCUCUCCGCCACCGACGACGUUGCGUCUGGUGUGCACGCAGUCGCGCAGACCGACACGGGCCUGUUGCGUGAAAACGGUGCAACAGACUCUGAGAGCACCAGCGCAUCCUCGCACGUCGAACGAGAACGUGGUGCAGCGGUGCCUGAUGGAGCCACAGAGGCAGGAGCUUCACAGGAGUGUUCGCCAGGAGAUUGCCGAGGACCGCGCGCGUUGGAGGAGCCGCUCGAAGCGUUACGGGCUGAGCAGCAGACGGGGCUCGCUCAAGCUGCAAGUGUUUCGAAUCCUGACCCGUGUUCGGCAGACACUCUUCUUGAUGGACAGGGUGGUGAAGAGGCCGCUCCUGCGGAUGUCAGCCGUGGCUCAAGGAACUCCGGCGCUGGUGUUUCCUCAUCUACGGGGUCUCUGCGUCCCGGGGACGAGAACGUGCAGGACGAGAACGACGUAUCGAACUGCAACUUGAGUGACAUCAUCACAACGAUGGCAGCUGACGAGAGUCGUGAGGAUCCGACUCCGGUCGGCGAGAAUGAAGGAGGGAGGACCCAUGAUCCAGUACACCAUGCCGACGACGAUGCCGCAAACGCCGCGGACGCCGAGGGACGAGAAACUGUCCCGGAUGGCAGUCAGCAGGCGGUGCUUCAUGUAGCUUGA